CGCUGAAAUGCAGAAGCACUUUUUUCUCGCCCGCCGCUCGGACGAUCUAGGAGAUUUGGCUCUCUAUGGCAGUGGUUUCCGCCCGCAGCAUGGGCUAUAUUAACUAUCUUUACUUGAAGCUUGUUCUUCCCUGAUUGUUUUUUUUCCCUUCCCAUUCUUUCUUUGUUGUCGUCGAUCUUUUUCAUCCUCUCAAUCCAGGCAACACGCCGACGAUCUGAGUACCAUGUCUGAACACGACAAGAGAGCGACCGGAUUCGAGCUCAACCAGGUUGAGAGCACCUCGAGCCGGUCGAAGGUGUUCGACAACAGCAUCAGCCAUGUUCCGGAAGAGUACAGAGGCACGGAGGCCGAUGCCCACGACAUGAUUGUCAUGGGCAAGAAGCAGGUGCUCCGCCGCAACUUCGAGUUCUAUACCAUGCUUGGCUUCGCCUCCACCUGCGUUGCUAGUUGGGAGGGUGUGCUAUCAUACACCAGCUUCUGGCUCACCAAUGGCGGAACGGGCUUGGUAUUCUGGGGUUCGAUUGUCUGCACCAUUGGUCAAGCCAUGGUGUACGCCAGUCUUGCAGAAUUAGCGUCCAUGUCCCCAACAGCUGGAGGCCAAUACCACUGGGUCUCUGAGCUGGCCCCCCGUCGACACCAGAAGUUGCUCAGCUACAUGGCCGGAUGGGUCACCGGUCUCGGCUGGCAGGUGUACCUGGCCUCCGUUGCUUUCCUUGUCGGCACCAUGAUCCAAGGCCUCAUCGCCAUGAACGACUCCAGCUACGUCUGGAAGAACUGGCACGGUACGCUUCUGGCCAUCGCCACCAUCAUCUUCUCCAGUUUCUUCAACACCAUCUUCGCCAAUCAGCUUCCGCUGCUCCAGGGUGUGACUCUGGUCCUCCACGUCCUCGGUUUCUUCGCCGUGAUCAUCACGCUGUGGGCGACGGCGCCCAUCAGCAGCGGUCACAUUCUCAUCGAGUUCACCAACGAGGGUGGCUGGUCCACCACGGGAUUGUCUGCCAUGAUCGGCCUGCUCGCCCCGAUUGCCGUCCUUAUCGGCUACGACUGUUCGGCCCACAUGGCUGAGGAAAUCAAGGGCGCCUCCUCGGCCUUGCCAAGCGCCAUCAUGAGCUCCAUUUUGCUCAACGGUCUGCUGGCCUUCAUCAUGAGCGUGACCCUGAUCUUCUGUCUCGGAGACAUCGAGAGCGUCCUGUCCGGCCCGAGCGGAUACCCUUUUAUUCAAAUCUUCUACAACGCGACAAAGAGCUACGCCGCCACGAACGUUCUCACCGCAAUCGUCAUCAUCCUCUUGACCGGAUGCUGCAUUUCCGAAUUGGCAGCCUCGUCUCGUCAGGUCUGGUCCUUUGCUCGUGACCAAGGUCUUCCUGGCUGGAGCUGGCUGUCGCGCGUCUCUCCAGGCUGGAACAUCCCCCUUCCGGCCGUUCUCCUUUCCAUUACGAUCACUGCGCUGCUUUCCCUCAUCAACAUUGGCUCGUCCGUCGCUCUUAACGCCAUCACGUCCCUCGGUGCCCUUGCCGUCAUGUGCUCAUACAUGCUCACCAUCGGCUGUCUCGUCUACCGCCGUCUUGCAGGCCCACCAUUGCCUCCUCGCAAAUGGUCUCUCGGACGCUUCGGUCUUGCCGUCAACGUCAUAUCCCUGUUGUUCCUGCCGCCGCUCGUCUUCUUCAUCACCUGGCCCGUUGUGACUCCUACCACCGCGACUACCAUGAACUGGUCUAGCAUCAUGCUCGCUGGCGUUUUGAUCAUUGCCUCCGUCUAUUAUGUGGUUAAGGGAAGAAAGGAAUACGAAGGCCCCGUUGUCUGGAUGCGCCGUGGCGAAGAGCUAUAAGGCUUCAUCGGGUUCACAGUUUCAUACAAUAUCCUCGUUCAAUGGCUCGGCGCGUGAAUAGAGAUGUUCAGAUAAAGAAUUUUACACUUUUUUAUGCAGGCUAUCUGGCAUAUGCUCUGUCUACGAUACACCGUGGUAAUCCUGCUUUCUGUCGCUUGUUUUAUCUACAAUAGGAAAAAAAAUAUGACAUAACAAUGGAGAAAGCAUAUCGAUUGUGCAAUUUUGACAUAGGAAUCCUGUGCUGUAGCAGAAACGUUCUUGACAAGAGGUUCCACCUGUCCGAAGCGUAGGCUUUCGCUUCGCAUGAGGAUGAGUAUUAUAUCAGCAACGUCUUCAGUCUCCGAAUUGACAGCCUAGAACAAAGAUAAAAUUACAUCAGUAACUUGUUUACCG